AUGUCUUAUGAUCCGCCGCCCGUGGCGGAACCUCGCGAAGCCGUUGCGGGAAUUACCCCAUUCUAUUUUAAUCCUACCAUCGAUACUCUAUUCCUGAAUUGCGUGGCAUCGAUCUUUCUCGACGUGAGAUGGUUCCUCCUGGACGAAACGCCAAAAUCAAUCGCGCCAAUGAAAGGAUGGAAAAACGUAGCAUUAGACAGUCUGCACAUGCGCUUUGUAGCCGUAGUCGCAAGCGACCUCCCAACACCACAACACCGAAUCCGAGAAUUAUUCCCCGAUCUCGAAAAAUUAAGUAUCGCGGUCGAUAGUAAAAACAGCGCGAGAAGAAGAUUAAGAGCAAGUUUGCGUCCGGGACAUGCGACAGAAUUGGUAACUGUAGGUUUGGAUGAUGUAGAGGGAAGCGAUGAGAUUGGUCUUUAUUUUGACAAAGAUUUUGGAUUCGCCAGUAGCGGUACGGGUGCAAGUUCUUCCACGAAUCUCGCGGGAAGCGUUACGAUUACGGAAGUAGAUGAGGACGAUGAUGAAAAUGAACAGGAACAGGAACAGGAACAGGCGGAAGAGAGCGAGAGCAGGAAACCGGAAUUAACAAUGUGCAAAGUUAAGAGAGAUAGGUUUUACGUGGGUUUAAAACAAGAUUUGGUUUAUUCCUACGUAGGAGGAUGCCAGUUACUGCGGGCAGCGCGUAGAAGAAUACUCAGGAGAGGUAGAUAG